ACUUCCUCAGAUUCUUUGAAGACCUGAGGGACAUGCUGGGCUUUACGCCGUACCGCUUCUACUAUUACAUGUGGAAGUACAUCACGCCCAUCCUGCUGCUGGUCCUUCUCUGCUCCAGCUUCAUCCAGCUGGCGAUGACGCCGCCCAGCUAUAGUGCCUGGAUACAGGAAGAGGCCACGGAGAAGACCCUUCACUUCCCUCCCUGGGGGAUCGCGGUGUGCAUCUCCCUGGUGGUGAUGGCCAUCAUGCCCGUUCCGGUGGUCUUCUGCCUGCGCUUCUUCAACAUCAUCGAUGAGAACACCGGUGGCCUGUCCACCGUCUCCUAUAAGAAGGGCCGUGUCAUUAAGGAGACCCCCCGGCCAGAGGACGACGACGACGCCAGCCUGAUCCAUGGCAAGACACCCAGCGAGGCACCCUCGCCGAUGCCCGGCAAAAACAUCUACCGAAAGCAGAGCGGCGGGGGGGCGGAGGUUAACACGGCUCCCAACGGCCGUUACGGGAUUGGUUACCUGAUGGCGGACAUGCCAGAUAUGCCCGAGUCGGACUUGUAGACCGACUGAUAGUUUGCCCUACCCGGCCGUUCCUCUCCUCCACCCUUGUGCGUGCGUUUAGUCAGCCAUUAUCAUCGUACAUUGUUACCACAAAGUCUGAUCUGAGUAGAUAAGGUAGCUGCUCUGUUGUUUGUCGUCUCUGAACCUUAUGUGACUGUAAGCAGAAAAACUAACGGUUUCGGAAGAGAAGUUCUUGUCUAACCCGACUGCACCUCACAAUCAGAAAAGAAUUGCUGUAUAAAAUGUUUUUUAGGUCUCAUUUUAAUCAAGUAUUGAAGUUGUUUUCAGUGGAUUCACUAUGGAAGGACACAAAGAUCUAAAUCUUUCUUCAUUUCUGGCCAAAUUUCACGUCAGCCUCGCUUAAAUCAGUGAGAAGACAGUGUUUGUAUCCCGUUGUGGUCUGGGACUGAAGUGUGCCUAAAUCAUUUAUAUUUGUUUAUAGAAUACACACAUGUUGUAAAUUUGAGGUAUUCUGUAAAUACAAUAUAAAUAUUAUAUAUUUAUCCUGAUGGUUUGGAUAUCAGAGCAGUGUUUUUAAGGUUCAGAGGUACUUAACUCUCAUGUCUUUGUUUUUUUACUAAUGUUCUGUCCAUGUCGGUGAGGACCGAGUCCUCUUUGUAAAUAUUUUUUCAUGAAAUGCUUAACUUGCGAUGUCUCACCCCACCCCCUCCCUCCUCCAGUUCAAAAAUAAAAGUCAAAGACGAUCCACAUUUUGACCGUU